GAAUAAUACUACACAGUACUACUUAUGUACUAUAGCACGUGGGUGCCUCCGCGCGAUGAGGGAAAUGCCCGGGAAGAAGGAACGCCCGCCCGGAUGAAGUCAUCAUGAUGGUAAAGAUGGGUUCUGUUGUGACGGCCCCGUAUGGUCACCACCCGCCCAGUUGCCCGUAAGAUUACCGCGGCGGAGGUCACCGCCCGUACGAGGGAGGCUACCUUACGAGCAGCUCCCGGGGUUCGGCGCCAGUUUCAGCUCGGCUUCACUUACUUGACUUCACCAACAUCUCUCUCGAGUCUCUGCUUAUCCACAAUCCCCCUCGGGGCUUCCUUCUGGGUUUCCGGUUUCUGUCUGGGGGGUAUUUUUUUCCUUCCUCGCUCCAUCCAUCUUCUUCUGUUCUCCAUUCUUUCUCGUCUCUUCUCUUUCUCUCUCCUCUCUCCCCUCUCCCCUCUCCCCUCUCUCUCCCCCUCUUCUCGCAUCAACCCACCCACCCUUCUCUGGUCAGUGCAGCAGCGGUCCACACGCAGGCUGCCUGGACUGAACUGAACUUCCCGUUCCUUGACGUGGGCAGCUAUCAUUGGGCCUCACCCGGGCCCUCCCCUGACUGGCCGAUCGGGUCCCCCUCGACGAUUCGAUUCCGACUUCUUUCUUCUGCCUUAGCCCGU